AUGGAACAGGUAGAGGAAAAUGACGACAGGAACGGUCAGAGCUCUUCUGAAUCUGAUGUGACAGAAGCAGAUGGAGCCCCAAGUGAAGAUCGAGGACAAACCAGACAGAGCCAUCAACCAUGUGAACACUUCGUCCUGUUUGGAGGAAGCAGCCAGGAAACACAGCAGUCCAACAAGCAGAGUGAUACCAACACCAACAAGCGGUCUUCCUGCUCUGUCGAUGUAGCCAAACCAUUUGGGACCGAAUCCCUGUUGCGCCAGGGAAGCGAUGGUUCUGCUACUUGCGAAGACAGCAGAGUUUCCGACAGAAAGCACAGCUACCAAAAUGACAACGUUCAUGAUGGUAGGCAGCACUUUAAUUCCGUUGUCUCUAAUGGCGAUGACGAACGGAGACGAGGCGAUGUCGACGGAGGAGCUUCCCAAAAGACGGUCGUCGUUGUAGCCAACGAGGAAUCCCACCAUUGUAAGCGAAACAAGGUAGAACAGGGUGAUUCUCCAGAAGACCUGUUUGGUGGCUCUUGGCAGAGUCUUUCUCGGGUUUUCGGUCUCUGCUGCAGUCAAACCGCAGAGCUCUGUACCACUGAAACUGAAUGCAGCGGUGACAAACACGGUACAAAGACCUUUGAAUCCCGAAUGGAACGGACCUGGAUCAUGCCAGUAGCGGGCUCCAAUGACCUCAUGGGAUGGGCCACCCCCACUCACAAGAAUCACAGAUAA